CCUAUGGGCUGUCUCUGACUCUGUAUCACGCUGCCGCCUCUGCGCUCGCUGCCCCUGGUUCAAAUCCUCCCACCAGGAGUCUCCCUUCUGGUUUACAUCCCCGUUCCCCGGCGAGCCGGGGCAUGAAUGGGUUAAAGACACCAAGCUCCUGGAGUGGAGCCUGAAGCAGAGAGGGGGACGGGAUAGCGGAGGGACCUUCCUGUACCAGCCCCGGACACCUGGGUCCCGAGCCCAGCUCCCCUCCCCCCAGUGUGUGCGCAGGGCGAGUCCCAGUCUGCAGCCCCGGGGAUCGCCCCGGCUGGGCGGGGCAGGCGUCCCCAUUCCCAAACCCGACCUCAUGUCCCACAUGAAGCGAUGGGAAGAGCUGCAAGUCCCACAUCCCCAGGGCUCCAAGGAACAGGAGAUGCAAAAAGGCAUCCACGAAGGUGCCGAGAUCCCACAUAGAAGCAAGGAAAAGACUUUGCAGCAUGAAAGGGAAGCUGCCAGAUGCAAAGAGAAUGCGUCCUGUAGACCCAAGGGGGGCGAUGGCUGGGUGGAAGGGCAGCAGGAUCCCGGACCUCUGGGUUCCAUUUGCGUGAAGAGUGGCAUGAGCGACGGGUCAGUGGGUGGCACCCCAAGCUCUAUCACCUGCCCCAUGUGUGGGAAGGGCUUCAGCCGCAGGUCGAACCUCACGAAGCACCAGCGGGUCCACACAGGGGAGCGUCCCUUCUGCUGCACCCAGUGUGGGAAAUGCUUCACUCAGAGCUCCAACCUCUGCCGGCACCAGAACCUCCAUGCAGUGGGCGAGGGGCCCUCGUGCUGCCCCGAGUGUGGGGAGAGCUUCACAGGGAGCGCGGGGCUGGCCAGGCACCAAAGAACACACGCCGUAGGGGAGAGAUCCCACUACUGCUACCAGUGUGGGAAAGGCUUUGCCAGCCACUCACUCCUGACCAUUCACCGGCGCAGCCACUCGGGGGAGCGGCCGUUCUCCUGUGCCCAGUGCGGGCGCAGCUUUGACCGCAGCUCCCUACUGGUGGAGCACCAGCGCACCCACACUGGGGAACGCCCCUACCGCUGCCACCAAUGCAGCCAGGGCUUCACCCGCGCCACCCACCUCAGCCGGCACCAGCUAAUCCACCGUGGCGAGCGACCUCACGGCUGCCCCGAGUGUGGCCAGUGCUUCCGGCUCCGGGCUGCGUUAGUCAAGCACGUGCGGAGCCACACAGGGGAGCGACCCUACAAGUGUGCUGAGUGUGGGGCGGUCUUCGCCAGUGUCUCCUCCCUGGCCCGGCACCGCCGGAGCCAUGCCGGUGAGAAGCCUCACCACUGCCCCGACUGUGGCAAGAGAUUUGGGCAGAGCACUGCCUUCACUGAGCACUGCCGCACCCACACUGGGGAGCGCCCCUACCGCUGCUUGGAGUGUGGCCGCGCCUUCGCCGGCAGCUCCAACUUCAUCCGGCACCAGAGAAUCCACACCGGGGAACGGCCCUACCAGUGCCAGGACUGUGGCCGCACUUUCCGGGUCAGCUCCAACCUGAAGUGUCACCAGAUCACCCACACCGGGGACCGUCCCUACCAGUGCCCUGACUGCGGCAAGCGCUUCAGCUGGAGCUCAGCCCUGUGCCAGCACCAGCGCAUUCACCGUGGGGAACGCCCCUACCAGUGCCCUGACUGCGGCAAGCGCUUCGCCCAGAGUUCCAACCUGACCACGCACCGGCGCACCCACACGGGCGAGAAGCCCUACCGCUGCCCACAGUGCGGCCGCGGUUUCAGCCAGAAUGCCAACCUGCUGACCCACCAGCGGGUGCAUGCAGGGGUCAAGCGCCACGAGUGCCCCCAGUGCGGACGGGUCUUCGUGGAGCGCUCAUCCCUGCUCAAGCACCAAGGCGUGCACUUGGCGGAGAAGCCAUACCAGUGCCCCGAGUGCGGGCGCAGCUUCACACAGGGCUCCACACUGGCCCAGCACCUCCGCAUCCACACUGGUGAGAAACCAUACCAGUGCGGUGAGUGCGGGAAAUGCUUUGGGCAGAGCUCAGCCCUGGCCCAGCACCGCCGGGCCCACACAGGUGAGAGAUCCUACCACUGCCACCAAUGCGGCAAGGCCUUCAGUCAGAGCUCCAACCUCAUCACUCACCAGGCCUCACACACCGGUGAGAGGCCCUACAAGUGCCCAGAUUGCGGGCGUGCCUUUGGGCGCAGCGCCCAUCUGGUUACCCACCAGCGCACUCACACUGGGGAGCGACCCUACCGCUGCCACCAAUGCGGCAAGGGUUUCAGCCAGAGCUCCACCUAUAUCCAGCACCAGACCACCCACACCGGUGAGCGCCCGUACAAGUGCCCGCAGUGUGGCAAGGCCUUUAGCCAGAACUCCAACCUGCUCACCCACCAGCGCAUCCACACUGGUGAAAAACCCUACCGCUGCCACCAAUGCGGCAAGAGCUUCCGGCAGAGCUCAGGCUAUCUGCAGCACCAAAGGACCCACACAGUCUUGCAGCCCUCCACCACACCCACAUAACGGUGCUCGCCGUGGGGACUAUGGGUCUAACAUCAGAAGCCUCCAAUGUUUGUGCUAACUCAGAGACAUGAUGGGAAUUACAAACCACAAUAUGUUGCCCGGCCAUCAGAGGGCACCAGAGGGUUAAACACAGUUGGACAUGCACCUGCCUCUCCUGCUUGGGCUAAAGCAGAGACACGGUGGACUCAUAGCUGGAUCAGGAUGGUUUUCCAUUUCAUGGGGAAUUCUUUGAUUUUUUUGGAGGGGGGGGAACAUCCAUUCUAGAACAGAAGAAACCAAUUUAAAACUUCCCUAAAACAAAAUCCAUGCGGAAGGGGGGAAGGAACAUCUAGUGUUGACCAAAACAAUUUGUUCUGGGUUAGACGUUUUCAUUUUUUCUUAUAUAACAUAAUAUACCAUUUAAAAAUAUUAUGUAAUACGUAAUUUAAAAAAUUGAAAGGAAACGUCAUUUGGAAAUGGGAAAUCAAAAUGUUCUGCUAAAGGUCAAA